ACACACAUACACACACACACCACAAAAUCCACAGAAGAACGAAGGUCACCAUGUCGUUCCCGGCUCCAACCCGCCCGCGGCGUGCCGUAGUCUGCGUCGCCGCCUUCUUCAUCCUCACCACAAUCUUCCUCGCGGCAGCCCGCCUCGCCUCCCUAGACCUCACAUCAGCCAUCCGCCGCCGUCCCGCCCAGACCGUAGCCGAGCCUUCGCCCGCCGAUGCGCCCAUGUCCUACGGCGAGACCGCCCGCCCAGGCUUCACCGACCUCUCAGUUCACAUCGCCACCCUCCCAGAGCGUCACCUCCCCUCGCGCGAGAACCCCAGCCGCAGGCUCGUCGUCGUUGGCGAUGUCCACGGCAUGCGCGUCUCCCUCGACAGGCUACUCGAGGAGCUGCACUUUGAUACGUCCCGCGGCGACCACCUCGUUUUCGCUGGCGACAUGAUCAACAAGGGGCCCGACUCCCGCGGCGUCCUCGACCUGGCCAUGCGCCUCGGCGCCUCCGCCGUGCGCGGAAACCACGAAGACCGCGUGCUGCUCGCACACCAGAACAUGAAGACCACCUACGUUACCGACUCGGACGCCCACGGCAACCCCGUCACCAAGAGAGAGGAAGGGGAGGGACAAUCCAAGGCUGAGGAGAAUAAGGAGGACAAGAAGAUAGAAGAACUCACCACCGACAGCGCCUCACCCGAAGACCAAGACCAAGACGAGGACGUCGACUCCGAAGACGAAGAAGCAUCCCUCGAAGAAACCGAACAAGACGACCUCGAACCGUCAAUCUUCCCCCACGGCGACUCCAAAGAACGCGCCACCGCCCGCUCCCUCACCCGCAAACAACUAAAAUGGCUCUCCCACCUUCCCGUCAUCCUCGACGUCGGCACCGUCGAAUCCAUCGGCGGCAACCUCGUCGUCGUCCACGCAGGCCUCGUCCCAGGCCUCUCCCUCAAACACCAAGACCCCUGGGCCGUCAUGAACAUGCGCGGCCUCGUCUACCCGCGCGAAGAGCUCCGCCGCCAAGAAGCCCACCGCGCCCUCGAAGACUACCGUCGAACCCACACCGCCGCUCCCGGCGUCACGGAGACCAUGAUCCAGCGCGAGCACGAGCGCCGCAGAAAACCCCACGAUCGCAAGAUCGCCAUCCCCACCGACCGCCGCGACGGCUCGAGCAGCUGGCCCAAAGCGUGGAACGCGCACCAAAAGGCGCUUCCCGAAAAAGAACCCCGCACCGCGGUCGCCUACGGCCACGAUUCGAAGCGCGGCUUGCAGAUUGACAAGUUUACGUUUGGUCUCGACUCGGGCUGCGUCAAUGGCGGGGAACUGACCGCGCUCGUCAUCGAGGCUUCUGUCGACGGCGGCGUUACGCAUUCCAUCAAGAGCACCAAGUGCAACAAGGACGAGGGGCACAAGGAGAAGAAGAGGAACAAGAAGCACAAGAAGAGCAAGAAGGGCAAGAAGAGCAGCGAGGAGGUGGACGAGGCCAAGUCAUAGAGAGAAUACGUCUUCCUGGUGCAGGGGAAUAGGGAGGAAGAAACUCAUCAAAGCAUAUCAAACGGCACGUCCAAGACGGACACCCAGAAACGAAGGAGAGAGGCAACUGCAUGUGUGUGGGCUGGCUGCCCAACACUUCCCCAUCUCAAGGGGGGGGAACGACGCAAAUGGAUAUACCUAGAAGUCAUCGCCAACGUCUACACCACCGCCUGGAGGCGUUUCACUGUACAAAACAGGUUGCAUCCAACACCAGGUUGGAACGUAACCAGCAGUUAUUACCAUAAUGAAGGAAGCAUCAUCAUCAUGUUACUAGGCGUUUAGUCAUUAGAGCAAUACAAUGUUCACAUUGUGAAAACUUCAAAAAGA